UAAACAAGCAGUCUGAUGAGUGCGCACGAAGGAUUUAGUUCUCCAGUCCCGACCCGAUUCCAAGACUGCUUGGUCAUUGAAAACAGAUGCCUGUCAUUCCAGUCCACCUCCGCGUCAAGGGUACAUGCUGCACAGGAUAUUUCGAGCGACAUCCAGAGCUGACGCCUAUAUCGCCUGCCUGGGAAACAGAGAAAAAACUUCACCACUGAAGGAGGCAGGAGACUGACACCCACUCACGACUCAGCUCUGUGUGUGCCUGUUGUUUUCACCCGAUCCCUCUCACCUCUGAUCUGCUGGACCCUCUGGACUGGUCCGGGUCCUCUCUGAACUGCUAAAGACUUGUUUUUAGAAAUUUGACUGAGCAAAAGGCAAGCCGUCACCAUGCUCCGGGAAGCCUUUUCAAGCGUGACAAAACUCCAUGGUUACAUAAUAUCCAGAAUUGAUACCAGAGUGAAGGAUUACCCUCUGAUGCAGAGCCCGUUGCAGAUGACCAGCAUCCUCCUGGCCUAUGUCGUUUUCUCUGUGUACAUCGGCCCCCGCAUGAUGGCCAACCGCAAGCCGUUCGGCCUCAACCGAGCCAUGAUCAUCUACAACCUCAGCAUGGUUUUGCUGAAUGCCUACAUAGUGUAUGAGUUCAUGAUGUCUGGAUGGGCCACCACCUUCACAUGGAAAUGUGAUCUUAUUGAUGUCACCACCAGCCCACAAGCUCUCAGGAUGAUCCGAGUCGCUUGGCUGUUUUACUUUUCAAAGUUCGUAGAACUCUUCGACACAGUAUUCUUUGUGCUGAGAAAAAAGCAAACCCAGAUUACGUUCCUCCACGUCUUCCAUCACUCCUUCAUGCCCUGGUCUUGGUGGUGGGGUGUUGCGCUGACGCCUGCUGGAGGAAUGGGAUCGUUCCAUGCUAUGGUGAAUUCAACGGUCCAUGUCAUCAUGUACACCUACUACGGACUCUCUGCUUCAGGGCCUCGCUUUCAGAAGUAUCUGUGGUGGAAGAAGCACAUGACAGCCAUCCAGCUGACCCAGUUUAUUCUGAUCUCUAUUCACAUUAGCCAGUAUUACUUCAUGGAGAAGUGCGACUAUCAGAUGCCACUGUGGAUCCAUCUGAUCUGGAUGUACGGGAUCUUCUUCUUCCUCCUCUUCUCCAACUUCUGGGUGCAGGCUUACAUAAAGGGCAACCGUCUUCCAGUUGCAGACCACAAGCCGAGCCAGAACGGCUCCACCAACGGACACAUUGUGAUGAAUGGCAAACCCCAUACAAAUGGGCAUGCUCACCCCUAUGAAAAUGGAAAUAUAGUCAUGGGGAAAGUGAAGAAAAUUUAAAUGACUCUGGGGGGGAGAGGAGGCAUAGACCGUUUGUAGAUAUUAGCACCUCAAAUAUGCCACAUAUCUAUAUUUAGUAGCAUAUUUGAGUACAAGAGUUCAAUAUGCUACCUCUAUACUAUGUAAUUUGUAUAUAGUCUAAUUUUAUUAAAUGUUUACCCCUGUGGGAUAUGA